AAUUUCGGGCAGCAUUUAGCAACCUGCUCCGAGUGAGGUCUGUCUUCAGACACCGUUGGACAAAAAUACCACAAAAGCCCGCGAAAGCAAAGUCAGCUAUUGCUUCUUCUUCAGCCGGAAGGAGCACCCGAAUCUUCGACGCAAAUCACCCGCCCGGCUUGCAUCCAAGGAACCCUGAGCUUUUAGUCCGGACUCGGACACUGGACUCGGACACUCCAGAUUAGUAGUCAUGGCCGAUCCAAUCAUCCAAUUUCAGAGAAUGAAUCCCCAAAUGUCUCAGAACGGCACGACGAGUAACUUGUUUUCCGAGGGGCGUCACACCAGCAACAACCCAGGCCGCCCCGAGAAGAAAGUCCGCUUCGAGGCCGCCCCGGGAUCACGAGGGGGUGGAAGCGGCAGCGGGCCAUCCGGUAACGGCAUCCCCCCGUUCACCAGCGAGCCCACCAGCACAUGCACCACCACUUCCCCGUCCCUGAUCGGCAGUAACUCGCACCACCAGGGCUCCUCAUCCUCCUCGGCGGUGACAAAUUUCAACAGCAACUCGGAACUGUUCCGACAGAUCAACGCGCUGCUGGAGAACUCUCUAGAUCUGCAGAGUAGCAUCUGCAUGAACCAGCAACAGCAGCAGGGCAUCGGGGCAUCGGGUAUCGGUCGGGGGUUCAGUGGGGGCCCGUUGGCAGGGGUCAAUGUCUCUGGUGCGAACCCCCUCCAAGGACUUUUGCCACCUCCAGGUUUGCAGCAGCAACCAGACAGAAACGAUCCAGGCAAUGUGCUAAACUUUCUGCUCCCUCAGACGCCCACCAAGUCCCUGUCGGGAUUGCACAACGACAUGACCUCCCAAGCUUUCAGCCCGAUGGCCCAGAUGCCCCCGGCCAACUUGCCUCCCAUGUCCCCCGGCGGCGGGUUCGCGCCCCCCUUCCUCGGCAACCCUGUCAAGUCGCCUUUGUCGUCACCCACCUGGAGUGGCUACACGCUCUGCAGCAAUCCAAAGGAUGCACUCACCCUGUCCAACAUUGAUAAGUACCUGAGCGGCGCCCUGUACCAGCAGCAGAUGCAGCAGCAAAUGCAACAGCAGCAGCAGCAGCAGCAGCAGAACCUGUCCAUGAGUCCCAUCACAAGCUACGUCUCCCCCGAGUUCAACCGCGUCGGUCAGCAUCGUAACUUCGGCGGGAGCAUCAGCAGUCCUGGGUCUUCGGACUCCUCCAGCAUCUGGGAGCACGUGUUCUCCCCCAUCGAGCGGCCGGGGGCUCGGGACACCCGUAGCUCCAGCCCGACAGACUCGGAUACCAGCGGGAUCAGUUCCGCCUCGGCAAGCUCAGGAGAGCCCCUGGCAGAAGGGCUCUCAGAAAUGAUGGGUAACUUAAGCAUGGGCCUGCCCUACCACGCUCCGCCCCACCGCACCUCCCUCCAGCCAUUCCAGAAAGAGCCGAUGGACUACCAGGCCCAGCUGUACCCGGACGUUGGCUCCGGCCAUGGGUACAACAUGGCGUCCUCCCAGCAGCCAAUGGGGGAGCAGCGCCAGCCCGGCUUGGACACCUUGUUCAACACGCUUGCCAGCGAUCCAUACAGCAUUGAGAGACUAGCCCGGCUGAACCGCCAGGCAGCAGCAAUGUGUGAAGCAACAUGUACCUGGAGCGGUGUUCUACCACCGAGAGCUUACAAGAACCCUACGUACUCUUGUAAAGUCUUCCUAGGAGGUGUGCCAUGGGACAUCACAGAAGCUGGUCUUCAGAGCUGCUUCAAGCCGUUUGGGACGGUCCGCGUUGAAUGGCCAGGGAAGGACGGCAAACAUCCCAAAUACCCACCCAAAGGUUACGUGUACGUGCUGUUUGACAACGAGAAGUCGGUGAAGGCUUUACUGCAGGCCUGCACCCACGAUUUCAUGGGAAGCGGCGAGUGGUAUUUCAAGAUCACCAGCAGACGAAUGAGAUGCAAGGAGGUCAAAGUUAACACUACUGUGUCUGUGCGCUACCCUUCCCAAGAAAUCCAACAAGACUACGAAAAAGUUGUGCAAGUAAUCCCCUGGGUGCUCUCUGACAGCAACUACGUCCGCUGUCCCUCGCAGCGGCUAGACCCAGACAAGACCGUGUUUGUGGGGGCUCUUCAUGGCAUGCUGAAUGCCGAGGGGUUGGCCCACAUCAUGAACGACCUGUUUGGGGGUGUGGUGUAUGCCGGGAUUGACACGGACAAGCACAAGUACCCGAUUGGUUCUGGGCGUGUGACCUUCAACAACAGCAAGAGUUUCAUGAAAGCAGUUGGGGCAGCUUUCGUGGAAAUCAAAACCACGAAAUUCACCAAGAAAGUUCAGAUAGAUCCCUACUUGGAAGAUUCUCUCUGUAGCCUGUGCCACACCCAGACUGGUCCCUUCUUCUGCCGGGAGCAGACCUGCUUCAAGUAUUUCUGUCGCUCCUGCUGGCUCUGGCAACACUCGCUGACCCAGCUGCGCAGCCAUAAGCCGCUGAUGCGCAACAGCAAGACCAAAACCACCGAGAGUUGCUACGGAGUCUGGUGAACAAUUAUCCCACAUGGUUGCGCACGCAUCUGUUGCAUGUGUGCACACAAUUGGUGUAACGUGAUUGCCGACGAUUGCUGACUAAAAAGAUGAAGAUCAAAGGAGGAGGAGGAUGCGUUGCAGCAUCUGAUUGGCUGUUGGGUCCAGGAGACUGCAUGCUGAUUGGUUGACUGCAAGAACUGCUGAUUGAAGAAAACUUGUGUACCCGUCGUUUGAUUGGUCAAUAUUUUUUUGCAGGAGUUCCAUUUUUGGAGGUUCUUGGUGAUUGGAAUAGGUCAUGAAACUGGAUCGAUCGAUUGGGCUGUAAUCACAAAUGAUGAAACAAUAAUUCUGGUGUUUGGUCUGUUUGCAUCAAUUAAUGCAAACUGUGGAACAAUUGUUUGUAAUUGAUUAAAUUACACCCACAUUUUCCCCAGGGAUCGGAAGACACGGGCCUAAAUGCAAAGAGUUGAAAAAUGCAGGCAACUUUUGUUGUUGCUUGUGCCUGUGUAAUUCGAUCCCUGGCUGUGCGUCAAUUCCCAAGCUAACUGGUUCUGAACAUUAGUGGCUUUUCAUUAAAUGUGCCUGAUCAAUUGUCUUGCAAAAAUAUGGAAAGCAAAGUUACAAUAAACCCAACCAUUGGCUGUUUCGUGCUAAAACUAAGGUAGUUCAUCUCAAAAUCCUCCGAAAUUGUUUGGUCCUUGCUUUUACUGUUCCCACAAAAAGAUUGCGACAUUGUGAAGACUGGGAGAAUAAAUUAUUUUUAAGGAUGAAAUUUGCAUAGGCUUUCUGGUUUUUCAGUUUGGCAUGGUCAGUCUUGACCAAGUUAUAUUUUAUUUGGUGGAACACACGGAAAUCUAAUCUGGAUAGUACUUAGGAAGAUUCAGGGCACAGGCUUUUAUUUUUGGAAAUUUUACAGGUACUGUUUUAUAAGUUAAUUCUUACCAAUCAGAUUUUUAAAACAUUUCUACCCAAAGUUUGUUCAGAUUUUUUUCUUUUGAAAUUUGGCAUCCUUGGAAAUGCAACUUAAAAAAUAAAAUUGAACUAGGGGCAGCCAUUGUGUUUUUAAUACUGCAGUCUCAAUGAUUUUAUUGACUUUUUGAGCAAAAAAAUAAAUAAAUGAAUUUCUUAUCAACCGCAGAAAUGUUCACAUUGGUAAUACUAUCACACCUUUUUAUAGCUGAAAAAAAAAUACGCCAAGAAGUAUGCUCUACAUGGUAUUUUAACAAAACAAAAAAACAAGUCAACCUCAAUGACGUUUUUUGCGCUUUUUAAUGACCGAGUUAUUUCUUUUUAAUAGAAUUUGAAUCAUUUUACGUCAGCUGGGUGCCACUUUUUCCAUGAUCUAUUCAUUAAAGGGUGAAAACAAAUUGGUGAUUGUACAAUAUGCAUUCUAAUUUCAUGCGAAUAAGGAAAUGGACUUUUCAAAACUGAAGACGAAAAAUCGAUGAAAUUCUUGUUGCAAGUUUACAGGUACUUUUUAGCACUUUGUCCACAUUUAAUGUACAUAUCUAUAUUGCCUUUCUCUUCAAAGUGUUUAUUUCAGUGUACGGGAACAUGUUUUGACAAUGACAACAAAGAUUUUGAAUGCUUAAAAAAAAGUACUAUUUUGUAUAUGCCAGGGUGAAUGUUCCGAAGACAGACUUGAUGCACUCUGUAUGGAGAGAAAUAUUUUGUAGCGCCCAAGUAUUUUCAGUAUUUUUGCCUUGAUAGCGUUUAUCUUUUACUAUUGAUGCCCAGAUAAAAUCUCGGGUGUGUAUAUUUCUUUGAUCCAAAGAUGAGGCGAGGAAGAAAUAAAGAGGAAAAGCCAUCCCGUUUUUGUAUAAUGUUUUCGAGCUAUUUUUCUUAAUGUAGAGGUUGUAACAGAUAUUUUUUAUUACUUAUGGAAGGAAGUUCCUCCAUCCAAAAAGCAUUUGGCGGCAUAAUGAAGGAAAGACACUCGCAGCAAUUUUACUACAGUAUAUUUUCUUUCAGUGUGGGGGUUCAGCUGAGAAAGUAGAAAUUGCAAGUGCUUGGAUUUUUGUCGCUUUCAAACUUUACUACUAUUUUUAAAAAGAAGCAAUGAAAACUUGUAUAUUUUCAUUUUGUAAGAGAAGUGUAUAAAAUUAUAUUGAUAUUCUAGCGGAAUAUUAUUAAGAAAAAACAACAAAGCUGUUGACAUGUUUAAACUCUCAGUCAAAGAAAAGGACUGCGUUAUUUUUUUUUUGGCAGAAAUUUGCAUGCGUUUUUGGUGGCUGUUAAAAUAACCAUUGUUUAAAGUGCCUUUAAAUGUAUCAGCUUUGAUUGCUAUUAAAAAAAGAGUUAAGAUUUUGAAGUGUUGAGAUUUAAAGUACGAAAAUUGUGGAACUGAGAGAAAAACCAGAAAGCUGCUUAUCAGGAGUUAAGGUUGCUAUUUGCUCAAAGUGUUUUCCCCUUGCGACUAGAAGCGAUCCCCGACGACGGAAUUUUGCCAUUUAUUGCACAGUUUAAUGUUAAAACUAUUAGCUCGUAAAGUUGAGUGUAUCAAUUUGUUUUUUUUGAUAACACGUCAGUGCAUCCUUUCUUUUUGUUCGCAUCGAACUGUAAAAAAAAAAAAAAAAAAAUUAAAGUCGGAAACUAAAUAAGUGUCUAAUUUGCAUAUAAUGUACACGUUUCUUGUAGAUGUUCUGAAAUACAGUUGCCAUGACAACAGGUGCACGUCAUUAUUUGCUUAUUGGUGACAGUAUUUUAUCCCUUUUGUUUGCUUAAAAAAAAGUUGGAAUCCUGGUAUUUUUUCAUAUUUACAAAUAUAUACUUUUUUAAAAUUACAACUCUGGGAUAGCAUUUCUUCUCGUGUAUUAAAAAUGUAGCCGUUAAACCUAUGCAUAAAUUUCACGAAGCGCGUUCUUUUGGUGUGCUUGAUGUUUGAAAGAUGAACAAAAAAAAAUUGAAGUAAUUCAGUCUCAUCAACCACGAUAGUGAUUUGAAAUCGGUUGAAAAUUAAUCAUCUUUCUUUCGCAUUAAAUUUCCCUGGACCAUGUUGAUCAGUGAGAAAGUUGCAGCAUGUUCUUGUUUAUAAGCAGGACAUAAUUUUGCAAGUUGAUAAACAAGAACAAUUAUUGUUGACUUUUGGAGUAGUUUUUCUAGAAUUCACAAAUUGUUUGGGCUUCCAAGUAUAAAAGAAAUUUGACAGUUACUUAUGCUUACAUUUAAUGCAUAAAUUUAUACCUUGUACUGUGUAAACUUCUUUAAUCUGUAGUUUGAUUUUUCAAUAUAUUCUUGUUUUUUUUUUCAUUUUUGUGUGUUUUUUGUUUUAAACUGUACUAAUUGUACCGAAGGAGGCGGUACACGUUUCUCAUUUCAAAUAUCCCAGUUGAGGGGAAAAAAAACUUUAAAAGAUGUUGUAAUUAAUGUUUUUGUGCAUUACCAUACACAGCCCGCCUUGUUCACGAUUGACACUUAAUUAUGUGAUUGAUGUGUGCAAUAUUUUGACAAAAUAAGUUUGUGUCAAAUCCACCGUAUUUAUUAUUAUUUUUUUCUGGACUUGUUCACAUUAAUUGAUUGUAGCACACGGUGCACUGACGUUUAAUAAAGACACUUGUUCCUGCAUGCAUUUCAA